UUUUUGCCCUCGGGAGGAAGCGGAGGCAGGGAAGGGCAGGGUCCUGCGGGCAGCCGGGGAAAAGCCACCCCACGGCAUUCCCAGCGGGAUUGCGGGCAGGCACAGAACACCCCGCCGCGAUGUCGCGGCCGCUGUCGGACCAGGAGCGGCGGAAGCAGAUCAGCAUCCGCGGCAUCGUGGGCGUGGAGAACGUGGCCGAGCUGAAGCGGGGCUUCAACCGGCACCUGCACUUCACGCUGGUCAAGGACCGCAACGUGGCCACCCCACGCGAUUAUUACUUCGCGCUGGCCCACACCGUGCGGGACCACCUGGUGGGGCGCUGGAUCCGCACGCAGCAGUACUACUACGAGAAGGAUCCCAAGAGGAUUUAUUACCUCUCCCUGGAAUUCUACAUGGGGCGGACGCUGCAGAACACGAUGAUUAAUUUGGGGCUGCAGAACGCCUGUGACGAGGCUGUCUACCAGCUCGGGCUGGACAUGGAAGAGCUGGAGGAAAUCGAGGAGGAUGCUGGGCUGGGCAACGGGGGUCUGGGCAGGCUGGCAGCCUGCUUCCUGGACUCCAUGGCCACGCUGGGGCUGGCAGCCUACGGCUACGGCAUCCGCUACGAGUACGGCAUCUUCAACCAGAAGAUCCGGGAUGGGUGGCAGGUGGAGGAAGCUGAUGACUGGCUCCGGCACGGCAAUCCCUGGGAGAAGGCCCGUCCCGAGUACAUGCUGCCCGUGCACUUCUACGGCCGCGUGGAGCACUCUGCCUCUGGUGCCAAGUGGAUCGACACCCAGGUGGUGCUGGCACUGCCCUACGACACGCCCGUGCCCGGGUACAUGAACAACACCGUCAACACCAUGCGGCUGUGGUCGGCCCGCGCGCCCAACGACUUCAACCUGCGCGACUUCAAUGUUGGGGACUACAUCCAGGCCGUGCUGGACAGGAACCUGGCGGAGAACAUCUCCAGGGUGCUCUACCCCAACGACAACUUUUUUGAAGGAAAGGAGCUGAGGCUGAAGCAGGAGUACUUUGUCGUGGCUGCCACCCUCCAGGACAUCAUCCGCCGCUUCAAAGCAUCCAAAUUCGGGAGCACGGACAGCGUCCGGACCGUGUUUGAUUCCUUCCCGGACCAGGUUGCCAUCCAGCUGAAUGACACACACCCUGCCAUGGCCAUCCCUGAGCUGAUGAGGAUUUUCGUGGACAUCGAGAAGCUGCCGUGGGAUAAGGCCUGGGACAUCACCAAAAGGACCUUUGCCUACACCAACCACACGGUGCUUCCCGAGGCCCUGGAGCGCUGGCCCGUGGAUCUGGUGGAGAUGCUGCUCCCCAGGCACCUGCAGAUCAUCUAUGAGAUCAACCAGAGACACCUGGAUCACAUCGCGUCCCUGUUCCCCAACGACGUGGACCGGCUGCGGAGGAUGUCCCUGAUCGAGGAGGGGGACACCAAGAGGAUCAACAUGGCCCAUCUCUGCAUCGUGGGCUCCCACGCCGUCAACGGCGUGGCCAAGAUCCACUCCGAGAUCGUCAGGACUCAAGUAUUCGAGGAUUUCGCGGCGCUGGAGCCGGAGAAGUUCCAGAACAAGACCAACGGGAUCACGCCGCGGCGCUGGCUCCUGCUCUGCAACCCGGGGCUGGCGGAGCUCAUCGCGGAGAAAAUCGGGGAGGACUACGUGCGGGACCUGAGCCAGCUGACCAAGCUGCACAAGUUUGUGGACGACGACCUCUUCAUCCGGGAGGUGGCCAAAGUGAAGCAGGAGAACAAGGUGAAGUUCGCACUGUACCUGGAGAAGGAAUACGAGGUGAAGAUCAACCCUUCCUCCAUGUUCGACGUGCACGUGAAGAGGAUCCACGAGUACAAGCGGCAGCUGAUGAACUGCCUGCACAUCAUCACCAUGUACAACCGAAUCAGGAGGGAUCCUGCAAAGCUGUUUGUGCCCAGGACAGUGAUCAUUGGAGGCAAGGCUGCCCCAGGAUACCACAUGGCUAAAAUGAUCAUCAAGCUCAUUAACGCCGUGGCUCAGGUGGUGAACAACGACCCCGUGGUGGGCAGCAAGCUGAAGGUCAUCUUCCUGGAGAACUACAGGGUGUCCCUGGCAGAGAAAGUGAUCCCUGCGACCGACCUGUCGGAGCAGAUCUCCACAGCGGGCACCGAGGCCUCGGGAACGGGCAACAUGAAGUUCAUGCUGAACGGGGCUCUGACCAUCGGCACCAUGGAUGGAGCCAACGUGGAGAUGGCCGAGGAGGCUGGAGAGGAAAACCUCUUCAUCUUUGGCAUGAGGGUGGAGGAUGUCACAGAGCUGGACAGGAAAGGGUACAACGCCCAGCUCUACUACGACCGGCUCCCCGAGCUGAAACAGGCUGUUGACCAGAUUAAAAGUGGCUUCUUCUCCCCAAAAGACCCCAACCUCUUCAACGACGUGGUCAACAUGCUCUUCCACCACGACAGGUUUAAAGUCUUUGCAGACUACGAGGCUUAUGUCAAGUGCCAGGAGAAGGUCAGCGAGCUGUACCUGAACUCCAAGGCCUGGACCAAGAUGGUCAUCAGGAACAUCGCGGCGGCCGGCAAGUUCUCCAGCGACCGCACCAUCAAGGAGUACGCCCGGGACAUCUGGCACGUGGAGCCCUCGGACCUGAAGAUCCCCCCACCCAACGAGCCCCGGGAGGGGGGGCAGGACAAGACCCCCAACGGCACCGCGGCGUAGGGGACGCCAGCGCUGUAAAAUUCUCUCUGCUGUCUGAGUCUCUGUGUCACUGCUGCUGCUGCUGCUGGCUUUCCCUAGGGGUGGGCAGGAGGGGAGGGAGGGGUUUUUAUAACGCAAGUUUCGUGUGGAAAGCAAACCCACGUCGCCCUGUUGCUUGCAUUAGGUGCUAAAAAUAAAAAAAAAUGCCGCUGGAGUCCCAAAGGAGCUGUUUGCUGGAGGGUUGGGCUUGCUUCCAGCAAUGCUGAUGCAGGAAGAGGGCUGGCCAGGGGUGGGGUGGGCAGCACAGCUGGAUGCAGCUGGACACAGCUGUCUGGGCCCUCACAGGGGGGUGCCAAGCCCAUGUACCCCACCAGUGUCCUGUGGGAUGCUCCCAUUUGUGGCUCUGGUGGCCCAGACCACACCAGUGUCUCCAUCCCUUGAGUAACCUGCAGCAUCCUGGAGGCAGAGGGUGACUUAAAAGUUUCUCAGUAGUUUUUAUUACUCACAGGAGUAAGUUCAGUGCCCUGUGGGAGGUCCUGGAGUGGAUUUGAGGGAGCAUGGGAUCAGUGCAGGCAGCAAUUGGCAUCACUUCAUGUUUAAGAAGUCUCUGCAACAAGAUGUAAUAAAUCUCACACUGUGUCACUGA